AUGCUAUCAACAGCAGAAAACAAGCACUGUGGAUCAUCAGAAGUCGGUACGGAUCAACAACUACAACUGGAAGUGUUGACUAAAACAAUGAAUCUAUUUCACAGACUUCAUCUUGAAGGCAGACAUCACAAAUUGAGAGCUGCAGAUGUUCUUCGGGUAACAUCUGCCCAUUCAUUAAAGUCCCAUGACUCUUAUGCUGAAGAGGAGCUGAUUCAGACUUUCAUACAAAAACUACUGAUGAUGAACUACAAAGCAAGAUGCAUUAAAUCUAAUGAGACCAAUGAGAAAGAUCACAAUGAACAAGGCAGUAAUGAUGAGUUGGAUUGUGUUGAAUUUUUUUUCGAUUUAAAGUCAGUGUCUAAUGAAGGAACAACUAAAUCUGAGAGAAUCCACCCGAUGGAUGUUCAGAUGGCCGUGUUUCAUUGUGCUGAUGGUUUCCUGAAGCAGCUGAUGGUCACUAAACUGUCCCAGUGUCAGUACGCUCUGCCUCUGCUUGUUCCUGAUCCAUUCACACAACAGAUUGAGUUUCCUCUCUGGACAUUCAGACAAAUCAAUAAGAGCUGGAAGAUCAGAAACACCAACAAUGAAAUUAUCAGUCAAACCCAGCCGAUCUACAAGGCAGAAACUCCAAUGGUGUCUUUCUUCAGGUUUGGCUCUGUGUCUUCAUCCAAGUCUGAACUUAUAAACAGUCUGAUCAAUGAGAAACACAACACGUUCUUCCAUAGAAACUCCCAGGGCAGCAGCAGAACCAGAGUCCUGAUGGAUGGAGUGGUGGAGAUCGCCUGGUUCUGCCCCUCUGGAUCAUCUGAUGAUAAAUUCACUGACUGUGUUGCAUUCUGUAAUCUACACGGUGAUGCAGGAGCUAAUGAGAAACAGCUGCAGAUCCUCACUGAAAUGUCCUCAGUCAAUAUUGUUCUUCUACCAAAACUGGACAGGAAUGAUAGAAGCAUGAUAAAACUUCAACAACUCUACAAGGACUCAAAGCAACUCAUUUGUCUUUUUACUGAGAAUGAAUCCGCUGUAUCUAAGAUAAAGAAAAAAUAUAGAAUUUGUCUGAAAGACAGAAAUAAGUCAGAUGUAUCUGAAGAACUCAGAAGAGCUAUAAAUGAUUGCUUCUCAGAAUCAUCUUUCACUUUCAGACUUGAAGAUGUGUCCAAACACUCAGACAUCAGAGUAGAUGAGGAAGAUGAUGAAGACUGCAAUAAAGGAAGAGAAGCAGCACAGAAGAUGAUGAGUUUACUGAAGAAGAAAGACCUGACAGAAAUCAAAGCAUCAGUUCUGCCUCAUCAGGGGAAACUGUGGCAUCAGUGGAGUCAGAAGAACAAAGAACUACAUCGACCUCCAGGAGAUGAGACAGAAAUGGACAUCAGUAGAAAACAAACAGAAAUGAAGAAAAUCCGCGAACAGCAACAUGAUUCUGACAUCAGUGAGUUUAUGAAGCUCUUCAUUAAAGAAAUUAACUCAGAUGCUGAACAUGAGAAGACAUUUUUCAUCAAAUGGCUCGGAAUCGUCCUGGAUGAACAUACAUCAGCUGACCUUUAUGCUCUACAUCAUAAGUAUAAUGAAAAAUGGUCAGCAGUCUUAAAAAUGAAAGAGAAUAAUGAUGAAUCUGAACAACUUAAAGUUAAACAAGCAGAACUUGAGAGAAUAUCUGAAGAUCUUCAAACUGCAUCCUUUGGUUUGGAGCACAUCAUGAGGGAGAUUGGUCAGAUCUAUGAAUCAUGUGAAUCUGUGCAGAAAAACAAGAAAGAUCUGCAGUUUGACUUCUCUUCUCUCCCGAGUCUUGCAGCACAGAUGAUGAUCUCUGGAUUUCCACUGGAGCUGAUGGAUGGAGAUGCUGCUCAUGUUCCUGUAGUCUGGAUCUCUGCUGUUCUAGAUGAACUCAUCCAGAAACUGGGAGACCAGCGAGUCUUUGUGCUGUCAGUUUUAGGGCUUCAGAGCUCUGGGAAAUCCACCAUGCUGAAUGCCAUGUUUGGACUCCAGUUUGCCGUCAGUGCUGGCAGGUGCACCAGAGGAGCUUUCAUGCAGCUGGUCAGAGUGUCAGAUAAGAUGAAAACACAGCUGAACUUUGAUUAUAUUCUGGUUGUUGAUACUGAGGGUCUUCGUGCUCUAGAACUGGCUGGAAGAUCAACCAAAGGUCAUGACAAUGAACUGGCCACAUUUGUUGUAGGUCUUGCAAAUAUGACAUUGAUCAACAUCUUUGGAGAAAACACAGCUGAGAUGCAGGACAUUCUUCAGAUUGUUGUUCAGGCCUUCAUGAGGAUGAAGAAGGUCAGACUGAAUCCCAGCUGUGUGUUUGUGCAUCAGAAUGUCUCAGACGUCACAGCUGGAGAUAAAAACAUGGAGGCAAGGAAACGACUGCAGGAGACACUGGAUAAGAUGACAAUACUUGCUGCUGAAGAGGAGGACUGUGAUGCAGAAUGUUUCAGUGAUGUAAUUGAAUUUGAUGUUCAGAAUGAUGUGAAGUAUUUUGCUCAGCUCUGGGAGGGCAGCCCACCCAUGGCACCACCAAACCCAAAGUACUGUGAGAAUAUUCAAGAUCUGAAGGAAAUAAUUAUGUCAUAUGCGGAAAAAUCUAAAAGAAUGAGGCUGAUUGAAUUAAAAGAUCGUAUUAAAGAUCUAUGGGAGGCUUUACUGAAUGAACGAUUCGUCUUCAGCUUCAGAAAUUCUCUGGAGAUUUCAGCCUACAGGAAACUGGAGACUGAAUACAGCAAGUGGUCCUGGAGGCUUCGCAGUGCCAUGAUGGAAACUGAGAACAAACUACACAACAAAAUAGAAAAUGAAGCAAUUCAUGAGGUUGAAGAAACUGAUCUUCAAAUAGAACUGAAGACGACAAGUGAAGAAGUGGAGAAAUCAAUGUCUGAGUUCUUUGAGAAAGACAUAUAUGCUGAUAUACUGAUUGAGUGGAAAACAUCAUUUGAAAUCAAAGUCAAAGAGCUUCAGGAAAACAUUGUGAGAGAAACAAAAAAGAAAUUAAAUGGGAUUCUUCAUCAGCAAGACCUGAAGAAAAAGACUGAUGCUCAGAGGACAUUUCAUGAAAAUACUCUUUUAGAAAAGAGCAAAGAACUCGCCUUAAAACUCAAAGACAAUACUAAAGAUGAAGAAAUACUGAAGAAAGAGUUUGAUUUGUUUUGGGAACAGAGUGUGGAUAUGAUUGUCCCAGACACUUGUCUAAUUAAAGACAUUGACAUAAUGAGAGAUGUGAGAAAGAUCCUCAGUGACAUCUAUGAGGGGCGUCUCCCUGUUGACUACAUUAAAGAGGACAAAGAGUACAUCAAGAUUUUCACUGUGUCAAGUUACUGUGAAUAUGUUAUUUUCAAAAAGUCCACAAAAAAUGGGGUUAAAAAGAUUGUAAAUGGUGUUUACAGAAGAGUUAAAGAAACACUGGGAUACGUUCGAACUCUGUCUACGGAGAAAGAAGCUGAAAUAAAGUCGUUAGUCACAGAUGUUCAACAGCAGACAAACACAAUGAUUCAGUCAUUUAACAUUGCAAAGAUGGGCUACAACAUCAGCUACAUUCAACAACUCACAGAUUACAUCAAGAGAAGAGUAAAUGAACAUGAGGAAAAAGCAGUGAAAUAUAAGUUUAAGAAUGAAUUCUUCACAGAUUUGGUUUAUUCCAUCUGUACGAGAGCAAACAAGAUGAUCACUGACCAACACAGACUGUUCAGAGAAGCCAAUGAUCCUGAAAUAUAUGUUGAGAAGAAGAGAGAAGAAUACUACAGUAUUUUCCAGAAAUACUGUCAUGAAGCAACAUCACCUGCCAUUUUUGGUGAAAUCAUCUGUCAGAAACUGAAAGAGCCCAUUGAGCAGAGUGUCUACAAGAAGACUGCCAGAGAUCUGACAUAUGAAAUUAUGAAAAACUGUGAAUCACUGAAUGGAAACAGAUCAAAUCUGGAGAAACACAUCCUAAAGACACUGGCAGAAGAGGAGGAUUUUGUCAAAUACAUGGAUUACAUUAAUUAUCCCAGUCAUCACUUCAAGAGUUUCAUCAGAGAUGAAGUCAGUCAGUACAUCACUGAUAAGUUCAGAGUCAGUGUUUUACCCAAGAUGAAGAAGAACAUUGAACUCCUGCAGCAGAAGAUCAUGAAAGCAGCACAUGAAUCUACUGAACAUGUUCAAGUGAACAGAGGAGAUGUUGGUUUGUGGUUGAAGAGUUUCACACAGAAGCUCUCAGAUGUGCUGAUCUUCUCUGAAAAAGACCUCAGUGGAGUGAAACAUGAUGCUGAUGAUUUCAACCUCCUAGAAGAUGUGAUAAGACAAGAACUUCCUGCUGUAAUGUCUGAUAUCAGCAAUAGAUUCAACACAGAGACAUUUCCAGUAAAGUUGGACUAUAAUUUCAGACCAGGUGAGAUACUGAUUGAUCACUUCUGUCAGUGCUGUUGGGUUCAGUGUCCAUUCUGUGGAGCCACCUGCACCAACACCAUAACAAAUCAUUAUGGAGAUCACAGUGCUCCUUUCCAUCGUAGCAUUGGUCUGAAUGGGAUAUAUUACUAUAAUACAUCUAACCUGUCUACUCAUAUCUGCACAUCAGCAGUAGGAAACAGCACUCUAUAUUUACAUCCCAAUGAUUCAGAUGAUACAGUCCUUUGGAGAGAUUACAGAAGAGCAGGAGGAGUUUGUGCAGACUGGAACAUCAGCCCUGAUCUCUCUGAUCUGCCUUACUGGAAGUGGUUUGUGUGCAGAUUCCAAAAAGAACUGGAAAAACACCAUAAUAAAACAUUUGAGGGAGAGGGGGAGAUUCCAGAAGAAUGGAGAAAAUACUCAAAACAAGCAGUUAUUGAGAGUUUGUAUAAAUACCUGUAAUUGAACAAGUAAAAUAAGUUUCUUUUGGUUUUCGACUCACAGAACACUUUGAAAUGAGUAUCUGUACAUGGCUUCAGUAAGUCGGAAAUACAUAAGAGAUAAGUUAAUGAUUUGAAGUGUUCUGAUUUAAAAGUAUAUUCCUCAACUCCUCAAUUCCUCUUAUAAGUGUAAAGGAAUCUCCACUUAAAUGCUCUAUUCCAGACAACUUUGAACUCAAAGUUUUUCCACCUCCUACUCCAAAACAAUGACUGGAAUGCAGCUCAAUCAACCCUGACUUAAGACACUGGUUACUAAUUAGCAUAGUAAUUCAAUUCAGUUUUUUUAAAGUAUAUUUUCAGUAUAUAUUUUAGUUAUAUUUCCUUUCAUUUUAGAUUUAGUUUUUUUGUAGGUGCCAAAGUUAAAUGUUUAAAUUAAGGUUUUAACAAAAUUUUAGGAGGAACAUGUUAUUUUAUUCCAAGCAAUCAUUGCCAGUAUAAGCUUAUACUGUAUAAGCCACUGCUUUCAUCAGUCCUAUGACAGUUUUCUUCACCAAUGCCUUCUUCUUAGCUGGGUACCACUAAACUCAAGGAAGUCCCUUCGAACUUCGCCCUCCAUCACAGACAGCAUGCCAAAAAUGUUUAGUUAGCCUCUCUUCCAUGUUGUUUAACACUAGAUUGUUCUUUAAUACAAUUAUCACUAUGUAGAGGCAAUGAAGGGAUGUUAAGGUUUUUAAACUUAUGAAUAUACAAUAUACUCUGUAUCUUAACCACAAAUUAAUAAGUUGUAAUUUUUAUUUUAGAUAGUUUUGGAGUGAUUUAAAUGUUUUACUAAUUACUUUAUUUUGAAGUUACUUUCUAAAAUAUACUUAAAACUUAAAUAAAAACAAAUAUGAUACCCAAUAGUACUUUCAGUUCAAUAAACUCCAAAUGUGUAUCUUUGUGUCUACCCAUCUAUGGGGUUUAAAUGAGUGCAAAUUUUAGACCUGUAUGUAUGCAUAUGUUUGUGACUAUAUACAAGACAGAAACAAAAAUAAACAAUGUAUUCAUAACUAUUUA